AUGGUGCUAGCAGCGCUAGCUUCCGGGCUGCUUCUGACUAACGACGUUCAGAAACGCGAUUCCUGCUGCGUGAACUGAACGUUCAGUAACAAGAAAUGAAUCAGAGACGAACUGCAGCAGGAGAAAUAUCCACCAAACCGGAAUCAGCUCGGACUGCUCAGAUCCGGCCGGAAACCCAAAUCAUCCCCGAACCCGGAGGUUCGGGUUCUGAUCCGGACUCCGUCGACACGUUGCUGAGGUUCGAUAUUAAACUCCACGGACAGCUGAGAGAUGGUAUCAUUUACCAACACUAUUUGCCACAAAAUGAUGUCUGUUAUUAAGUCAGAUGUCCUUGCUCCGCAUUUUAUCCUCAACCAACAAGAUAUUUCUGUUCUUGACCAGAGGGGAACCAAAUCUCCAAAACCCAAAGGAGGAGAGGAAGAGGAACCAGAACUUAUACAAGUAAAAGAAGAAGAGUUUGAAUCAGAACUUCAGCAGUUUGUAAAGAAAGAAGAAAUGGAAAUGUCACUUGAAACAGAUUCUGAAGCUCUUGAAAUAAGAGGGCAACCAGUAGAACCACAAAAGAAACAAAUGAAGGAAGAUGAGCGUCGAUCAGAAUCUCAGCAGAUGGUAAAGGUUAAAGUAGAAGACAUCAGUCUGGAUGGAAACCAGGACAUCCUACAGCAGGAGACUGAUUCUAAAUCUCUGGAACUCAAAGAGGAACCAGCUGAACUAGAACCAAACCAAGUGAAGGUGGAGGAUCCUGGAUCAGGACCUGAGCUGAUGGUAGAGAAAGAGGCUGAAGGCGUCAGUCAGGAUGAAAACCAGGAAGUACUGAAGCAAAAUGUUGAUUCUGUAAUCCUAAAGUUUUUGGAUGAUGAAACAGACGACCACCAACCUGAAAUCAAUGAAAACAAAAUCCUGAUUCAGAACCUCCCAAAAGCAAAAUAUCAGGACAUAAAGACUCACAAGGCGUCAGAUUCCAGCAGAAAUGAUCAGCAGCAGAAAAGAGCUCAGAAAAAUGGUGGACAAAGUGACAAUGUAGAGAGAGGAAUGAAAAGCAGAAAAAUACACAAAGGUAAAAUCACCAAGCAGUGUGAAGUGUGUGGAAAAAUGUUCAAAUGGAUCAGCGAUUUAACUAUUCACAAAAGAAUUCAUGCAGCUGGCAAGCCUUUCUCAUGUGUAACUUGUGGAAAAUGUUUCAAACAAAAAGGUAAUAUGAUUAGUCACAUGAGAACUCACUCAGGUGAGAGACCUUUCUCAUGUGAAAUAUGUGGGAAAGGUUUUAGUCAAAAAGGUAGUUUGAGUAGUCACAUGAUAAUUCACAAAGUAGAGAAGCCUUUCUCAUGUAUAACCUGUGGGAAAGGUUUCAAUCAAAGGAGUCAUUUAACAAGCCACAUGAGAACUCAUACAGGUGAGAGGCCUUUCUCAUGUGAAACCUGUGGAAAAGGUUUUAUUGAAAAAACUAAUCUGCUUAAGCACAUGAGAACUCACACAGGAGAGAAACCUUUCUCAUGUGAAGCUUGUGGAAAAUGUUUCAGUCAAAAAAAUAUUUUGAAAGGCCACAUGAGAACGCACACAGGUGAUAAACCUUUCUCAUGUGGAAGCUGUGGAAAGUGUUUCAGGCACAAACAUAGCUUGGAUGUACACAUGAGAAUUCACACAGGAGACAAACCUUUCUCAUGUGGAACCUGUGGAAAACGUUUCAGCCAUAAAAGUAGCUUGAAUUACCAUGUCAGAAUUAACACAAAAUAGAAACCUUUCCUCUGUCAUAUCUGUGGUCAGCAUGUCUGUUGUAGCUGUUUCCUUUUUCUGUUCUGUGACUGUUUCUGCUUUUUGAACAAUUUGUGAAAGUUUUUCAAAUCAUAUCUGAAGCCCUGUGGUGUUUCGUUUGAUAAAACUCGUUACUCUGAGGUGGAUUUCCAGUCUUAGCUGAGUCUAGAAUACCAAUAUUUGUUGUUUUUGUUUUUUUGAGCAGUUUAGGAAAACUCCACACCGACUAUGGAAUGAUUUCUGAAAGAUGAAAGUCUGUAAUGGAUUGUCACAAUAAAUGAUGCAUGAAGUGAAAUAUCAAAGUAACAUUUCUCUGAAUUUACUACUAGACAACCAUUAAAAUGUAUGACCAUUGUG